AUGGAAAUUGUCCAAGCAACAAUAUCGAUCGGACACCAAUGGCUACCCGAACAUCAGUUGAGGAACAAUACCGACAGUCGGUAUUCCGGGAAAAUUACCGUAAAAUUACUAAACGGUAAUACGGAAGCCAAACUGGCCGUAGUACAUACUCUAUACUAUGGGUGUUUCCGAGGUUUUACCGAUAUGACUAGCCGUGAAUUUCUAGCCAAAUAUACCACUACUAGUCUAAUGCCAUUGGAUUUCCAGAAAGUACGUCCGUCUCAAUUAAACGUAUCGGUUUCGCUGACCGAUACGGUUGAUUGGCGAUCGCUGGGAAAAGUUGGUCCAAUAAACAAAAACCAGGCUAAUUUACAGAUUAGCAAACAAGAAAUUUCGUUACAAUAUCAAUUAUUUUUAGAAACAUAUCCUCAACGUCAACAUGUUAAUAAAUAUAGAGAAUCUGUAUUUGCUGAAAAUUAUCGAAAAAUUGCCGAACAUAACUGGGAAGCCGAACGCGGAAUUUAUACGUAUACUAUGGGUGUCAAUGCAUUCACUGAUAUGACUAGUAAAGAAUUUUUGGAAAAAUUUACAACAAAAAUGCCAACGAUUGAUAUCCAGAAAUUACGUCCGUUUCAAUUGAACGUAUCGGUUACGGUACCCGAUUCGCUGGAUUGGCGAUCACUGGGAAAAGUUGGUCCAAUCAAAAAUCAGGGACAAUGCGGUUCAUGUUGGGCAUUCGCUACGGUAGCCAUUUUGGAAUCUCGAUUGGCCAUAAAACGGGGUAGCUAUCGAUCACUAUCGGAACAGGAGAUUAUCGACUGUACAGAUGGAUAUACCUGUGCUGUGGGCGGUAACAUCCAGAUGGCACUCAAAACACUGAACCGAUUGGGCGGUAUUGAAGCGGAUAGCGAUUAUCCGUACAUAAGCGGUGAUAAACAUAAAAAUCAGUGCGCUUAUCAAUCGGUUAAAACAGUAGCACAGGUAGGCACCAGUUAUAUUAAUGUACAGGAUGGCGAAUCAGGUAUGCAGCAAUCAGUUUACAUGAAUGGACCACUGUAUGUUCACGUUCAUGUUAACGAAAAUUUUCAACAUUAUCGGUCGGGUGUGUUCAGCGACCAGAAUUGUGAUCAGCAAAUCAAUCACGCCGUAAGUAUUGUCGGCUAUGGACCCGGCUAUUGGCUAAUUAGAAAUUCAUGGGAUACCUGGUGGGGCGAGCAAGGUUAUAUUAGAUUGGCCAGGGAUCAAAAUAUGUGCCGUAUUAGCGUAUAUCCAGUUUGGACGGAUGAUAUUAAUUAA